GUACAAGUUUAAGAUGGGUUAAUGCACAUCGAAUCACUUGAUAGCCGAACUAAUUUGCUUAAAUUUGGGUGCAAUAGAAUUGCAACUGCUGCUCUGCCGGCUGAAUUUGGUGUAGGAGGCGAGAGGGGGGAAGUUUUUUGCCGAAGACAGCGUAGAAAACGGAUCUAGCUUAAGAUGAACACACAGCUGCAAUCUCUUGCUUUACAUAAAAGUGGUAACGAAGUCCUAAUAAGGGAAUUCAAAGACACAGACCUUCAUGACUGCCAAGAGAUUUUCACCAAUGGAAUGGAACAGUUGAUCAGCUUGGUAGCACGCGUUGUUUUCCCGAGAUAUAUUUGGAUUUUAUUGAUAUGUAGCUUCGUUGUUUUCGUUCUUACACUUACAUUCCAGUGGAUCGUAAGUGUUUUCUUCUUCUUUGUGGUUGGUUGCGUCAUUUUGGCGGCCUUGCUGUAUUCAGUGUUGUAUAUAGAAUGCUGGAAGUACAUCGAUUCUUGCUUGGCAAAGGACUUAAAAGACAUCAAGAAGUGCUACAUGUCCAGUGAAAAAUGUCGCAUGUGGGUGGCUGAGUGGAAUGGUAGAGUUGUGGGAAUGGUUGGGCUCAUUCAUAACACAAGUCACAAACCAGGGGUUGCUGAGCUUCAGAGAAUGUCUGUAUCACCAGCCUAUAGAAGAAUGGGAAUCGCCAGGAAACUGCUCGACGAGCUAAUCAAAUUCGCAAAGGAUCAGCAAUUUCAGAAGGUUGUACUGAUCACCACUAACGCACAAACACCAGCCAUUCGACUGUACAAGAAAUACGGCUUCAAACUCAGAACCUCUAUUCCUUAUCCUCAAAAGAUUCUCAGUGAUCUGCAAUACUACUGCUUCGAAUUCGAGUUAUGACCCUCAAGCUUUUUACCUUUUUACUCGGAACCGUCUACCAUAGAAUUGGACUUAACUCAUCAACGAUUUUUCGGUGAAUUCUUUUGCUAAAAUCCAUAACGAAGGGAAAGAGAGGUGAGCCAAUUCAGUCUGAUCAUACUUGAGCUGUCAGCAGCAUCGAGUCAUAAAGACAAAGGUUGCUUCGAUUAAUAUAAGAAAAUUUUUACUCAAACUGAAGUCAAAGGGCAUAACUCAUUCAAUAAGUUUAGAUGUUGAAAAUGUUCUAUCAGCUAUUGCGGUGGUCUUGUAUUUGAAGUUAUGUGUUAAAAAGCAUACAGAAAUCUUCUGCUGCCCUAAUCACUUUUAAAUCACACAAUAUCAUUUUUAAAUUUCUCUCAUGCUACUUUACGUUUCAAACAGUGAUAGAGUUAGAUCAAGGUGGGCUACCUUUCUUUCUAUUCCCCCCUUUUUUUCUCCCUCCACGUCACGGAUUUGGCAUGUAUAGCUUCGCCAAGUCAUUAUUGAGCAUAAAAUUUAUAUUUCUUCCACUUAAUUGAUAUUUCCUGUACUUGUAAAUAAGAUGUGAUUAGUGAGUACAUAGAGCAGGUCUUAACGGCCAUCGGUCACGCUGCAGAAAAGGAGCCAAACUGAUUAGUUAGUCAGUAUUUCGCGUGAAAUUUCUCUUUCUUCUGCCAUUCUUGUACUUUCUUGGCAUAUCAAUGUCCCCUUUAGAGUUUUCUCGGUCUUCCUAAACUGUUAGUUCCACAAUGUCAUAUUGAAUUCAGUUUUUGAUGCUCCCCCCCCAAAGAAAAUAAUAAAAAAAACUCAAAAUUCAGCUCCUUUAAGAUUUAAACAAUUGAUAUGGAAACGAAGCUUAGGUAAUUGCAUUUUUUUCAGCUUGAAAUAGAAGCUGGCCUUUCUGAUGAUGGAUACGUAUUCCUGACUUAUAAAUUCGUUUUGAUACGAGUGGUUUGUUUCAUUUUCAUAUAGUGCAAGUGCAGGAGUGCGAUUUUAAUGUACUUCUGAGUUGUGUGUACAAAGGUUGACAUAUGCGAACAUAGAUGCACGUUUUCAUUGCAUAUAUUGAUAUAUUUAAUGUUUUUCGAUAAACAAAGAUGUUUCGAGAACUUUCUGAAAGAUAAAAAGCAGAAAAUGGUAUCAAAAUGAUUGUCAUGAAUUUCGAGAUUUAUUAUGUUAAGGGCUGAUAAAAAAAAUGUAUAUCGAUAACUUUCUUCGGAAUUAUGGAGAACCGAUAAAUAGUUCUUUCCCGUUUUUAAAUACGUUUUGUGAGGAAAUUGGAUUUUGUAUAAUAGAAAUUAAUCAUAGAAAUCGAAA